GUUACCAAGAGUAGCGCUCUCAUCCUGUCAUGUGACAGGAAAUCAGUGUCACAUAAAAUAUGGCGAUGCCCAGCGUGUACACCGUGGGAAUUUGACAAGUUGCCUAUACAGUCUCUUUUCUCACAUAAUCAAAGCUUUGGGUGCAGAGAUGCCGCUGGUAGUGCUGUGUGGGUUCCCUUGCAGUGGAAAGAGCAGCAGAGCAUUGGAAUUGCAGAUACAUCUAGAACAAUGUGGAAGGAAAGUUGUUAUCAUUAGUGAUCAUGAGCUGGGGGUGGACAGAAAUGCUGUGUAUGCAGAUUCCAAAAAGGAGAAGGAGAUACGUGGAGCUCUGAGAGCUGCAGUAGAGCGGAAGUUGAAUAAGGAAGAUAUUGUGAUUCUGGAUUCACUAAACUAUAUAAAAGGUUACAGAUACGAACUGUUCUGUUUGAUUAAACAUACACAGACCCCGCACUGCCUGAUCUAUUGCCUGACAGCCCCUGAGACAAGCUCUAUGUGGAACCAAGAAAGAGACGAGAAUGAUCAGUAUACCCAGGAAAUAUUUGAUGCUUUGGUACAGAGGUUUGAAGCCCCUGAUUCUCGUAACCGAUGGGACAGCCCUCUCUUUACAGUGCACAAAAAUGAGGAACUGCCACUGGAAGAGAUCUGCAAUGCCGUCUUUCACAGAAAGGCUCCUCCACCCAACCAAUCCACACAAACACAACCUCUGUCCUCCACAAACUUCCUUCAUGAGCUUGACAAGGUGACACAGGAUGUUGUGACUGCUGUGCUAAAUGCCCAGAAAACCAGCAUUCCUGGGGAUAUUAUUGUGGUGCCUGGAGCCAGUGAGAAAAUUGAAUUGCCAAGGAUCCUAAACAUGUCUGAGCUACGGAAGCUCCGCCGCCAGUUCAUCAGCUACACCAAGCUACACCCCAAUGAGAACAUCUCUCAGCUUGCUAAUAUGUUUGUUCAGUACUUGAACCAAAGUAUCCACUGAGCCAGGCAGGAGAGAGGACGCGUAAUGACUGGAAGAAUUUUUAAUUGUUCUCUGCCUGACCAGCUGCAACAAAAAGACUGUUAAAAUGUAUAAUAAUAACAUAAGUAAACUACUGGUGGUUAUUUUCUAAACCAUGAUAUUAUUUAUAACAGAACUGUUUUAACAAAUAAACUUUAUAAAAACUCA